CCCGGAAGUGUCACAGUCCGCUUCAGAGUCAAACAUGGCAGGUAGGUUGUUGUGCAGGACUACAACCCUUCUGACCAGGUCUCAGGUGCCUGCUGGCCCUCGCUUCUUCUCUCAGACAGAACCGGAAUCGCUGACUCUCCGCAGGCAGACUAACGGAAUCAGGAGAAUAACGCUCAACAAUCCCAAAAAGAGGAAUGCACUGUCUUUGUCCAUGCUGGAGUCCCUCCGGGAGGACAUCCUGACCGACGUGGACAGCCAGGACCUCAGAAUCAUCAUCAUUUCAGCUGAAGGUCCGGUGUUCUCGUCUGGACACGACUUGAAGGAGCUGACAUCAGCACAGGGUCGAGACCAUCACACGCGAGUGUUUCGCACCUGCGCAGAGGUCAUGACGCUGAUCCAGGACGUCCCUGUCCCGGUGAUCGCCAUGGUGAACGGCGUGGCCACGGCGGCAGGCUGCCAGCUGGUGGCCAGCUGUGACGUGGCGGUGGCGUCCGAGAAGUCCACCUUCGCCACCCCGGGCGUCAACGUGGGUCUGUUCUGUUCCACGCCGGCCGUGGCCAUCGGCCGAGCUGUGCCCAGGAAGGUUGCCAUGGAGAUGCUUUUCACGGGCGCCCCCCUGUCAGCCCAUGAUGCUUUGCUGCACGGGCUGCUCAGUAAGGUGGUGGCAGAGGAGCGACUGGAGGCGGAGACGCUCGCCAUCGCCCAGCGGGUGUGCCAGGCCAGCCGACCCGUGGUGGCGCUGGGCAAGGCUACCUUCCACAGACAAAUGUCUCAAGGUCGAGAUGCGGCGUACGUCACCGCCUCCAAGGUGAUGGUGGACAACCUCGCUCUGAGAGACGGCCAGGAGGGAAUACGGGCGUUCAUCGAGAAACGCAAGCCGGUGUGGAGCCAUCUAUCUGAGAAAGCCUGCGACUGAUGGACUCAAAAGCAAAAUAAUAAUCAUGCAUUAAUAAUGCAAAAGAUGUUUUGAAGUGAUUUUCUAGUUAGAAUAUAUGGGAGUUAUUAAAUUGCUAUUUUAUU